UCACUGCAGUCGUCUCGAGUCUUGUCUGUAUCAUCUGUACCCUACAAAGCAAAAACAUCAGAGAUCACAAUGGCCUUUGCAAGUGUACUGAAAGAUGCUGAGGUCACUGCAGCCCUGGAUGGGUGCAAAGCCGCUGGUAGUUUCGACCACAAAAAGUUCUUCAAGGCAUGCGGUCUGUCCGGCAAGUCCACCGAUGAAGUCAAGAAGGCUUUCGCCAUCAUUGACCAGGACAAGAGCGGCUUCAUUGAGGAGGAGGAGCUGAAGCUGUUCCUGCAGAACUUCAAGGCAGGUGCACGCGCACUCUCCGACGCCGAGACCAAGGCUUUCCUCAAGGCCGGUGACAGCGACGGUGAUGGCAAGAUCGGUAUUGAUGAGUUUGCAGCCAUGAUUAAGGGAUAAAGAGGCUACUGACCAACACCCGCUCUGAUGGAACAACAAUGCCCGCGUCGACCUCCCCCCUUUUCAUCUGAAUAUAAAUAAUUUUUAUACAUUUGCUUAAGAGACCUUUCCUCCUAUGCAACACACUGUCCUAAAAUGAUGAUUGUGAAUGUCGCUCCGUUGUGUUCAUGUCUUAAAUAUGAAUUUUGCUUACUGUAAAAUCUAUGCACUUUCCAGGAACGAACGGUAUAAAAAGAAUAAAUUAUUCUUUUGCUACGGUC